AUGGCUGGCAAUGAGUGCAGUUGGCCAGUUUCGGAAAAUGCGGAAUCUGCUUGGACUAGAGAGAAAGAAAAAUCAAAGCCAUCCAAAAGUGCUGAAUCAUCAAAGUCAAUGAAAGUGAUCAGUUUACGGGAGAAGAACAAGCGAUUACGAGCCAUUUACGAGGAUGAAGCUCUCGAAUAUGGAGAGGAGGAUGUCACUGAAAAAGAACUUGUUGACAGAUUUCGAGUAGCAACUUCAUUACGUGAGAAACGCCUUGAGCAGGUCUUUAAAUUAAUUAGACAAGCGAGUUUCGUUCAACUUUGCUUCGUGAUUGAUGCUACCGGGAGUAUGGGACCACACAUUGAUGGUGUGAAAAAGUUUAUUAAGAGCAUAGUUGAUAACUUGCUGCACCAUAAGACGAAUGGCGAAGCAGUCGUUAAAGAACUUCAAUUAGGAAUGAUUGCCUAUCGUGAUUAUGGCGAUUCAAAACAGUUCGAAGAGCUUCAGUUCACGAAAUCAUUAGAAGUUUUCAAUGCAUUCUGCCUGGGAAUAAAACCAUUUGGUGGUGGGUAUGAUGGUGGCGGAUGUGAAGAUGUUCUAGGUGGGUUCGACCGCGCACUAAAGCUCAAUUGGGACCCUGAAGUGGGGGCUAAACUCAUUUGUCACAUGGGAGAUAGACCGGGUCAUGGCCGAGAACUUCACGAUCAGCACAAUCGUUCAUACGAUUAUUUUUUAGCUGGUGACCCAAACGGUUUGCAGUACACGGACUUGUUUCAGCAGUUACGUGAAAAGGGUAUUGAAUAUCAUUUCGGAAAAAUCACAGACCACACCGACAUUAUGAUUGAGAAAUUUUCAAAAGUCUAUGGUGAAGCGGUUCACGUACUGAAUGUGCAAGAUGUGAAUAAGAUCCUUGAAUUCGUUGUCUCCUCCGUGCAGUUAUCGGUGAGCUCGGCAGUUUCUAAAUCAACUAUGAUUGCGGCAAGGAAGCGGAGUAUCCGCUCAUAUACUUUGAUAUUAGAUGAACCGGAUUGGUUCAGAUAUCCCGUGGACAGGGGGACUUUUAUAAGCUAUUCCUUUCCCGAAAGUAUCCAAGACAUUGUCGAUGACAUUCCGCUGGGAAAGCGAGUUCCAAAAUCAGCUAAGGUGAAAAUCGCGCAAAAUCCCUUUGCCAAAGGUAGCGAACGCUUGGCAUUUUAUGGUCUCGAUCAGAGCACUUAUGUAAAACAUCCGACAAAAGGUGCUAAGAGCCAAAAGAAAGAAUCCGUGGAGUUAAAAACAAAGAAUGACAAAAUUGUGCUGAAAGAGUACUUACAUGUUGGACGUGGAAUGAACACCGCGAAACGUUAUGAGCUCACCAAUCAAAUGCAAACAAUCGCUUCGUAUUUGGCGUCAGAAUUCACUAAGGAAUUGAAAUAUAAAACUGGCAUCGACAAAGAGAUUAAGUUCUUGAAGAUACGAACUCUUCGUGUGGCAAGUGAAAGAGGAGAGCGCUUCAUGUCCUGUGAGCGUCGUUAUAAGAGUGGUGACUUAUUCGUUCGCUUCACAAACAACACCAAUUACACGAUUCUGGAGUCUAAAGCCCAGAAGUUGGGAAUUCCGUUGGUGUCCAUAGACAUUCUUAUGACAUUUUCUCAUUGGACUUAUCAGGUUUCGGGAGCAAAGCUCAUGGUCGUUGAUUUACAAGGAAUCGUCACUACAGACGAAAAAGGUCAGAAAAAAGUGAUCCUCACAGACCCAGCAAUUCAUUGUGUGGACAACACCCGUUUCGGACCGAUGAACCAUGGUGCUGGCGGAAUGCGGAACUUCUUCAAGCGUCAUAUCUGCAACAGUUUCUGCAAGAGUUUAGGUCUAGUAAUGCCAGUACUGCCGGAUGAAGAAAGCAUGGUGCGAUUUUUAGGAUUACCACCUCCACCAACUCACACACCAAAGUUCAACUUUGGUUCUGCUUUCUAA